AUGCCUCAAGCCCAACCCGAACUCAAGAAGUACCUCGACAAGCGCCUCUUCGUGCAACUCAACGGCUCGCGCAAAGUCAUCGGCGUCCUUCGCGGCUACGAUGUGUUCCUGAAUAUCGUUCUGGACGACGCGGUUGAGGAGCGCGACGGCGGUGAGAAGGUCCGCAUUGGGACCGUGGUUAUUCGGGGAAAUUCCGUAGUUAUGCUGGAGGCCUUGGAGCGGAUAAACUAG